AUGUCCGACACACACCAUUACCCGAAAAUAUCUACUACUGUCUUAUUCUCUUCUCUCUCCACCCGUAUGCCUAUGACAUCAAAUGCAACCAGCUUAAGGCGGGUUACAGUUAGUCAUCUUUUUAUUUAUUUAUUUAUUUUUUUUACUUAUUCCGUUUUAACUUGCCUUUCUGAAAAUUUUCUUUCUUUUCUUUUUCUUUUUCUUUUUUUUUUUUUAUUUCUUUUUCACUUAUUCCGUUUUACCUUCCUUUUCAAACAAGAAUUUUUUUUCUUUUCUUUCUUUCUUUCUUUUUUGGUCUUUUUUUCUUUCACUUAUUCCGUCUUGACUUCCUCUUCGCAAACCAGAAUUUUCUUUUUUCUUUUUUUCUUUUUUUUUUCUUUUUUUCUCUUUCUUUUUCUUCUUUUUUGCAUUUUUUUCUUUUUUUCUUUUCUUUUCUUUGUUUUUGUCUUUUGUUUCCUUAUUCCUUCACCUUCCUCUUCGCAGCACCAUUUUUCAUUUUCUUUUUUUUUUUUUUUUUUAUUUUAUUUUCUUUUUUCUUUUUUUUGUCUUUCUUUCUUUCAAUUAUUCCGUCUCACCUUCCUCUUCCACCAGCAUUUUUUUUUUUUUUUUUUUCUUUUUCGUUUUUCUUUUUUCUUUCUUUUCUUUUCCUCUUUUUUUUAUCAUCUUUUUCUUUUCUUUUCUUUAUUUUUUCUUUUUCUUUCACUUAUUCCGUCUUACCUUCCUCUUCACACCAGCUUUUUUUUCUUUUUCUUUUUCAUUCUUCGUUUUGUCUUUGUUACUUUCACUUAUUCUGUCUUACCUUCCUCUUCACACCAGCAUUUUUUCUUUUUCUUUUUCUUUUUCUUUUUUCGUUUUGUCUUUGUUUCUUUCACUUAUUCCGUCUUAACUUCCUCUUCGCACCACCAUUUUCUUUCUUUUUUCUUUCUUUUUUCUUUCUUUUUUCUUUCUUUUCUCUUUCUUUUUUCAUCUUUUUUGUCUUUUUUUUUCCCUUAUUCCGUCUUACCUUCCUCUUCACAACAGCAUUUUUUUUCUUUUUCUUUUUCAUUCUUCGUUUUGUCUUUGUUUCUUUCACUUAUUCCGUCUCACCUUCCUCUUCGCACCACCAUUUUCUUUCUUUUUUCUUUCUUUUCUCUUUCUUCUUUUAUUCUUUCUUUGGUAAAUCUUUCUUUCACUAAUUCCGUCUUCCUCGGCACACCAGCAUUGUCUUUCUUUUUCUUUCUUUCUUUCACUUAUUCCGUCUUAACUUCCUCUUCAUAUAAGCAUUUUCAUUCUUUCCUCUUUUUUCUUUUUUUUUUCUUUUUUUUUUGCUUAUUCCGUCUUAACUUCCUCUUUACGACAACAUUUUCUUUCUUUUUCUUCUUUUUAUCAUUCCUUCUUUUCUUUCACUCAAUCGAUCUUAUCUUCCUCUUCACAACAACGUUUUCUUCCUUUUUUCUUUCUUUUAUCUUUCUUUCUUUUUCUUUCUGUCUUUUUUUUCACUCAAUCGAUCUUAUCUUCCUCUUCACGACAGCAUUUUCGUCUUUUUUGCUUUCUUUUUUCAUUCUUUCUUUCAUUUAUUUCAUAAUAACACUUAACGUAAAAAUUCUGUUCUUUGAUUUUCUACACCUUCAACCGAAAUAUGUUUCUUUUUUAUUUUAUUUCUUUACUCCAAAUAUUGCUUUCUUUCUUUCCAUUUCUUCACUGCAAAUAUUUCCUUCAUUCUUUCUUUCUAUAUCUUCAUUCCAAAUAUUUCUUUUUCUCUUUCAUUCCAUUUCUUCACUCAAAAUAUUUUCUUCAUUCUUUCAUUCUACUUUUUUAACUCCAAAUAUUUCUUUCUAUUUCUUGACUCCAAAUAUUUCUUUCUCCUUUCGAUUUCCACAAAGGAAAUAUUCUAUUCUUUCAUUCUCUUUCUUCACACCAAAUGCUUCUUUCUUUCAUUCUAUUUCUUCACUCGCAAUAUUCCUUUCUUUCUUUCUUUCUUUCUUUCUUAUAAAUAUUCCUUUCUUUCUUUCAAUUUCUUCUCUCCAAUUAUUUUUUUCUUUCUAUCUCUUAACUCGAAAUGUUUUUCUAUCUUUAUUUGUUUCUCUUUCUUUAUUCUACUACUUCUUCAUCCAAAAUCUUUCUUUCAUUUUUCUUUUUCCUUUCUUUCUUUCAUUUUUUCUUUCUUUCUUUCUUUCUUUCUUUCUUUCUUUGUUCUUCAUUACAACUCUUUUUUUAAUCAAACUAUUUCUUUCUUUCUUUCUUUCUUUCUUCAUUUCAACUCGUCCUUGCUAUUUUCUGUCUUUCUUUCUUUCUUUCUUUCUUUCUUUCUUCAUUUCAACUCGUCCUUGCUAUUUUCUGUCUUUCUUUCUUUCUUUCUUUCUUUCCAACUCUUUCUUCAUUCCAUCUCUUUCUUUCUGUUUUCUUUCAUUCUUUUUUCAUUCUAACAAUUUUUCAUUCGAACUCAUUCUUUCUUAUUCUUUGUAUCUUUCUUUCCUUCUUCAUUCCAAUUCUUUCUUCAAUCUAACUUUUUAUUUUUCUUUCUUUCAUUUUUUCUAUAUUACUUUAUUCCGUUUAUUUCUCUUUUCUUUCUCCUUAAUUAUUCCACUAUUUCUUUCUUUUACUGUCUUUCUUUCAUACUUUCUUUCUUUCUUUCACCAUUUCAUUCAUUCUUCAUUCCAAGCCUAUCCCAAUUUCAAAUCGUUCUUUCUUUCUUUCAUUCUUUCUUUCUUUCUUCAUUCAUUUCAACACUGUCUUCGUUCCAAAUCUUUUUCUUUCUUUCUUUCUUUCUUUCUUUCUUUCUUUCUUUCUUUCUUUCUUUCUUUCUUUCUUUCUCCAUCCCAAUUCUUUCUCCAUUGCAACUCAUUCUUUCUUUUUUCUUUUUUCAUUCAUUCAUUCAUUCAUUCUUUAAUUCAUUCAUUCAUUCUUUUUUUCUUCAUUUCAACUAUUUCUUCAUUCCAACUCUUCCUUUUUUUUCUUUUUCGUUCUUCUUUUUGUUUCCUUUUCGUUUUUCUCUUUCAAUUUUCUUUAUUUUUUUCAUUUUCUUUUUUUCUUUUCUUUCGUUCUUUUCGAUCUUUUCUUUGUUUUUAUUUCUUCAUUUAUUUAUUCCUUCAUUCCAACUUUCUUCAUCUAACUCUUUCUUUUUUCUGUCUAUAUCUUUCUUUCUUCAUUCUAAAUCUUUCUUUUUCUUUCUUUUCUUUCUUUUCUUUUCUUUCUUUCUUUCUUUCUUUCCAUUCACUUCUUUCUUUCAUCAAUUUUAUCCCCUCACUCUUCUAUAUUUAUUUCUAUUUCUUUCUCUCUUGUGUCUCUCGCCUCCUCCGAAUAAUUCAACCUCCUCCAACCCCCACCAUCACCAGCCUCACCCUUCUUCCCACCCACAUUUCUCUUCUAACUUCUGACCUCCGGAACGACCUCCAGGAAAAGUACUUACAUAUUAAUCUGUUUCCAUCUAUCUAUCUAUCUAUCUAUCUAUCUAUCGAUCAAUCAAUCAUUCGAUCGAUCGAUCUAUUCUAUCAUUUAAUUGUUAAUUUGACAUUUUCCUCGCCAGCUUCCCUUCACCAAUACCAGCUAUCCACACAUCUAUCUAUCUAUCUAUCUAUCUAUCUAUCUAUCUAUCUAUCUAAACACACACACACAUAG